CCCAGAAACAGAUCUUACGUCAAAGAAUGGAAAUAUCCAGGAUGAAGGAUCUCUUGCUGGUUGCUCCAUCUUUAUACAAACUAUCAAUUAAGAAAUGCAAUUAACCCAAAACAAUAAAAAUUACUAACACACUCUUCAACAAUCACAACGUCACCAUUAAUUUUUCUCUCUCAAAAUCAGAUCUCCCUCCAUCUCAAUCGCAUCCUUUAAACCCUAGAGGAAUUCCAAUUUCUAGCUCUAUAGACUACAAAAGCUCAAGUCUCUAGCUUCGCGAUUUCUCUCUGCAAUGGUUGUCUGCAAAUGCCGUAAGGCUACAAAACUAUAUUGUUUUGUUCACAAGGUUCCUGUUUGCGGAGAAUGUAUCUGCUUCACGGAGCAUCAGAUUUGUGUGAUUCGUACUUACUCUGAAUGGGUAAUAGAUGGAGAGUAUGAUUGGCCUCCAAAAUGCUGCUCAUGCGAAGCUGUACUUGAAGAGGGGAAUGAUUCUCAAACCACCCGAUUGGGUUGCCUGCAUGUUAUACACACAAAUUGUUUGGUUUCUCAUAUUAAGAGCUUUCCUCCACAUACUGCGCCAGCUGGAUAUGUAUGCCCAUCAUGUUCCACAUCGAUAUGGCCUCCCAAGAGUGUCAAAGAUUCAGGAUCUCGUCUUCAUUCAAAGCUGAAGGAGGCUAUCGUGCAGACUGGUUUGGAGAAGAACUUAUUUGGAAAUCAUCCCGUUUCUUUGCUGGUGCCGCCUCCUGCAUUUGCCUCGGAUCCAUUGGUUGACAUUUCUUCGUCAUCCUCGCUGAAACAAGAUGAAAUAAAUAUAUCUGAGGGAUACUUAUCUGCAGCUGGAAAAGAGCCUCCUAAAAUUUCAGUAUCAGAUAUUGUGGAAAUUGAUAGCCCCAGUUCAGCAGGGAAUUAUUUGAAAAAUUCAAGUCCUGGUGCUCCUGGUGCUACUACACGGAAGGGUGGCAUCAAUGUUGACAGGCAGAAUUCAGAAAUUUCAUACUAUGCAGAUGAUGAGGACGGGAAUCGUAAAAAGUACAGUCGAAGGGGUCCAUUCCGCCAUAAGUUCCUUAGAGCAUUGCUUCCGUUCUGGUCAAGUGCACUACCAACUUUACCAGUAACUGCACCUCCACGUAAGGAUGCAUCAAAUGGAGAUGAUGCCUCAGAAGGUCGUGCGAGGCAUCAAAGACCAUCAAGAAUGGAUCCAAGAAAAAUCCUGCUUUUUAUAGCAAUCAUGGCCUGCAUGGCAACUAUGGGUAUACUGUAUUACAGAAUCGCACAGCGGGGUUUUGGGGAAGAGCAGCUAGAUGAUGAGCAGUAGUAGUUCUUACUUGAGGUUGUGAUGGAAUUUUAGUGAUCAUUUAUUCCACCCGUAUAUGCAUGUCUGCCAGGUGGUUAAUGGUGAUUUUGCUGCUGCUGCUUCUGCUUAUUGUGUGUGGCCUCUUCCAUUUUUGCCUCAGUUGCUUGUUUAUGAGUGAAAUGUUCGAGGGGAUGGAUUGGAAGAGAGUUUAUUUCUAGUGUCAAUGGCGGUAAAUUGUUGCAUAAUCUAUCUUGACAAUGUUCCUCUUAGGCUGUUUCCAUUUUUUGUCUAUUUGAAUCGAAUUGGAAGAUUAGGUUAAGAGGAAAGAUGUUUGUUUAAAUUGGCUUUAUUUUGUAACCUUCUGUCAGCUAAUAAAUCUUGCAAAAAGAAGUUGAGCUGGUCAA